UGACAUUCACUGGAUAUUUAUGAAAACUUGCAAUCUAUUACAAUAAGAGUUGACCAAAAUCAUUGACAAUGUCUCUUUUGUUUGUCUUAGCGCUUUUGAUUUAUGGUAAUUCUGUGAAUGGACAAUUUCAACGAAUGUUUCAGCAGAAUAUUGUUGACCAGCCGCCAGAUACUGGGAAGAUCCUAAUCCAAUCAGAACUUAAGAUAGAAACCCUGGAAAUGCCCGAGGACUGUGCCAAAAAGGCCAUAUCCGGAGAUACGCUAGUGUUCGAUUAUGAGGGCUUAAUAAAUGGAGUUCAUAUAGAAGACUCCCACAAUACUGGAGAGAAGGGGGCCACCGACAAAGAACCACUGGUGGUACCCACAGGGAAGGGGGCUGUUAUACCAGGGCUAGAGGCUGGGGUAUUAGGGAUGUGCAUCGGGGAAAAGAGGAAACUUAUUAUUCCUCCUCAUCUGGCAUUUGGAGAGAAAGGAGUUGCUGACGUCAUUCCUGAGAAUGCCGAGAUAACGUUCAUUGUGACACUUCUAGAAAUCGUUCCAAAGAGUUGGGGGGAGUGGUACGUGGAUAUUGUCUGGUCAGCCUGCUACCUCGCCUUUGUGGGCGGGAUUAUUGUCCUUAUGGGGCAAGGCAUUCAAGAGAAGAGGAAAGCAUUGAGGAGAGAGCAAAAGAAGGCACGUUACUAUAGCCGAUAGAUCACGUGACUCACUAUUUGCAGUCCUGAGUUUGCAAACUUCCAUGCAGAUCUCAUUGUUUUAAUUAAGGUAGACGACUGGGGUUUUAUUGUGUGAAAACUACAAUAGAAAAACUCUUUAAUCUUAUAUGUAAAAAAUUACAUUGACUUCAGUAUACAUGCCAAGUUCAGGGAAAAUCUAUUGUCUGGAUAUUUUUAGGGACCGUCUCAAAAUACAGGUACAUUUACUAUAGGAUUACAUUAUAUUAUAUUUUACAAAUACUACAAUAGACAUUUUGCUCAAAUUGUAAUAUAUGAUGAGUAAUACUAAAUUGUGCAUUAUAUGAGAAACACAAAAAUCUAUCGUCUGGUUUCCCGAGGGGCAUCUCAAAAUAUACAAAUUUACGAAAUUUUCCCUUUUUUAUGGAUACUAUAAAAUAUGACAGAUACUAAU